AUCGUAUACAUACAUAGAGGGUAGGGUGGUUUGUAGUGUUCGCGUUUACUUGAUUUUCUGACAGGAGCAUUAGAAAGGGAAAAAAACAGCUGUUGGACGUUAUUUUUAUCUUUGUUAAGAUAUUGUUGAUCCUACCAUGGAUGAUUUACAAAAUUAUAAGUUACAGCUUCAACAGGUGGAAGCGGCGCUUACUACGGACCCUACUAAUGAAGAACUCUUGAAAUUGAAAAUUGAUCUUGAGGAAGUAAUAGAGCUGACACAUGAUUUAAUUAAAUCACAACAGCAGGAAAAAAGGCAAGCCAAUGGCAUGGAUGCUAAAGAUCCUAUUUUACUUGCAGUUUUGGCCAAUAAGUGGAAGGUUGGUGAUCAAUGCAUGGCACCCUGGAGCGAGGAUGGCAAAUACUAUGAGGCAACCAUAGAUGCAAUAAGUGAAGAUGGUGUUGUCAAUAUAACAUUUAACGAAUAUAAAAACACAGAUGUCACAAUGCUUAGUCAAUUAAAAUCUGUAGCUAAAAGGCCAGCGUCAGAUUGGGCAGAUCAAAAGUCAAAAAAAAUGCAAGCUGCUGCAGUAGCAGGUUCAGAUCCUAACAAACAGAGAGAAUAUUUAAAAAAAAAGAAACAGAGGAAACUUCAGCGAUUUAAGGAACUCGAAGAAGAGCGCGAAAUGGAGAAAAACAAAUGGCUAGCAUUUACAAAUAAAUCUUCUAAGAAAGGUGUGAUUAAAAAAAGUAUAUUUGCAACGCCAGAAAAUGUAAAUGGUCGAGUUGGAAUCGGCACGUGUGGAGUAAGCGGUCGAGAAAUGACUAAGUUCAGUAAUGGUGAAAAAUGGAGAAGAGGAGCAUGAAUACUAUUGUAAAUAUGCAAUUUAUAAUAAUUCGUGAGAUAGAACUAUUGAUUAUUGUUAUUAUUCCGAUAAAUUUAAAUUUCGAGGAAAUUGAACAACUGUAUGUUUUGUGUUAUGAGAAUGUUUCCGAGUGUGUGAAUUGAAGAGAGUGUUUAGCGGUAUUUGUAGAUUGUGCGUAACCAUUAUGUUACAAAUGGAUAAUGACCUCAAAUAAAUCCGGAAAGUAUUUGGAUUUUCUACCUUUAUGAAGUGAAUGGUUGUUGUGAAUGAGUGUAUUUCUAGAUUAAUACAUAUAUGUGGGUAUGACUUUGAUUGUAACCUGUAAUGGAUACGAAUAAAUGUAUAUUUUAAAGUCAGA